UAUAGUGUCGCCCCCUGUCAGAUCUCUGUGUCAUCGCACAUGUAUGUUUUGUAAUUGCUUAGCUAGAUGGCGCACCCCCCUUCUGUCAUGUGACAAGCUUGGACCAAUCGGGAGGUGCCAUCUAGCAGGUGAAGCCUUUAUAAGCAAUAAACAGCCGCAGGUCGGCGGAGUCUUCGUUCCGGUUUUCAGCGGGAGCAGUUAGCUCCGUGUCUCCUUUACUGCGCCGGCGCUAGCCGCGCGUUCGCCCGUCCGGGCCCCCCGCUUGCCUGCCGCUGCCGACACAACAUCUUUUGGCGACGAGGGUGGGACUCCCGCAGCGGUUCCGACCGAAGCCCCGGGACACCAACGAGCUUCGUAAGUGAAGCGACCCUUCCCGUGUCCGCACGGCAGGCAAACGCCGCCGACGCACUUGGCGUCGCGAGGCUUCCGAGCCUAGGCCUUCUCGCCCCCUUUGUUCUUGCCCCAUUCCUGCGGCGAGCUCCGGCUUGCCUCCUGCACGCUACCCGGCAUGGCUUUUACUGCGAACCUUCCCGUUUUUCUUGAAGUGCCCGGCCCACCGUUAAUCCCUUGGUAUCGCUGGAAAAAAAUUUUUCAGGCCCACCUCGAAGCGGCCGGCGGUGGCGACUGGACGGACGCGCGACGAGCGUCCGCGCUCGUCAGCGCUCUCGGGCGUGAGGGACAACGGAAGUACUUCGCAGACGAGGAGCAGGAAGCAGCAAGGCAGUUAACCGGCGCAGCGUCACCGUCAAGUGAAGCAGCAAGGCAGUCGACCGGCGCAGCGUCAACGUCAAGUGAUGCGGUCCCGCCAGCGUCAGAGUUUCCGAGACUCUUGGAGCGGCUUGACCGGCUGUUCGCCGCGUCAACAAAUGUCCUGGCGGAACGGCACGAAUUCACCAGUCGGAAGCAGUUCGACGGAGAAGGAUUCCUGGAAUUCGUGACCGCAUUGAAGGAGAAGGCGGUACAAUGCAACUUCGGCACAACCUAUGGCGAGCGCGUCCGAGACCAAAUCAUACAUGGGGUAGCGAACGUCAGCGUUCGCGAAAAGUUGCUGGCUCACGGCGAAACCCUGACCUUGGACAAGGCAGAGGAAAUUGGACGCUCGUUAGAAGCACUACAUCGAGCGAACCGCGCGUUCGGCUCGGAGAAAAUACAAAGAAUUGAGGCAGCUCAACUUGGCGCUCCAUCGACGAGCCAAGAUGGCCGACGUAGUCCGGGAGGCCAUGACGAUGGCCGACUUCUUCUGGGAAGCCGCCAAGAUGGCCGACGUAGUGCAGGAGGCCAUGAAGAUGGCAGACUUCUUCCGAGGAGCCGCCAAGAUGGCCGCCGUCUUCCAAGAGGCCGCCCAGAUGAUCGACAUUUUCCGCGAGGCUCCUCCGGGACCCGCAAUGAAGCACAGGAUGCGAAGGACCCUAAUUUCGAGCAUAGUUCAUGCGACCGGUGUGGCAGUACGAAGCAUGUUGCAACGUACAGGAAUUGCCCCGCAAGGAACCGGCGGUGCAACGCCUGCCACACGUUGGGUCAUUUUGCAUCAGUAUGCCGAAAAACCCGUACUGUCCAGCACGUCUCUUCCGCAGAGACGCGGUCUUCGUCAACUUCCGCAGGACAGCCGUCCGCGUCUGUCUUGACGGUGAGCACCUUGGAAGCUAAAAGGGAUUUACAAGUCCCGGUCGUGGUUAACGACGUCGCCAUGCGGCUGCUCGUGGACACAGGCGCGUCUGUCUCAUUGAUGACGGCCGAGGAUUUUGAAAAGCACUUUGGUCGACAGCACAGACUGUCAAAAGCAGCAGUGGACUUGAGGAAUUUCUCCAAGCAACGCAUCGACAUUCAAGGCCUUUUCCAAGCCGCUGUCCAGUUUCUUCAAAGGUCGUGCUCAGUCACGUUCCAUGUAACGUCCACAGGAACAUCACUGCUGGGUCUUGACGCCAUCCAGCGCUUGGGGAUACAAAUCGACGGUACUUCGCUGACAUGCUGCCUGGCUACGCUUCCUCCAGUACAGAGCCCCACAGGCUACCCCUGGCUCUCCGUGACCAGGUGACAAAUGAACUGCGGCGUCUCGAGGACUGCGACGUCAUCGAGCGCGUCGAGGCUUCUGAAUGGGUGUCUCCACUCGUCGUGGUGCGCAAAAAGGAUG